GAAAACAACUUUUUUUCUCAACUGACCCCGCGUUUUCCAAAUUCAUUGCCGUGCCCGUGCAAAUGCUCUGCACCACCACAACUACCUCCUCCUCCAUCACCACCGUGGACGGCGGAAAAAACUAGCUACCCACCCACCCAACCACCAUGGGUAACUGCAACACCUGUUGUGUAAUACCAGACACCACAGACGAAGAGCACCACCGAAAGGACCGCAGUCACCACAAGAAGAAGACCAGAGAGAGCGUACCCAACCCCUAUGCCGACUCACCCGCGCCGAUCCGAGUCCUCAAAGACGUCAGUCACCGGUCCCGAAUCGGCGACAAGUACGUGCUGGGUCGCGAACUGGGUCGGGGCGAGUUCGGCAUCACCUACCUCUGUACGGACCGAGAGACCAGAGAAGCCCUAGCUUGCAAGUCCAUAUCGAAGAAGAAGCUGAGGACCGCCGUGGACAUCGAGGACGUGCGCCGCGAGGUGGCGAUAAUGUCGAGCCUGCCCGAUCACCCCAACGUGGUGAGGCUGAGGGCCACCUAUGAGGACAACGAGGCUGUGCAUUUGGUGAUGGAGCUGUGCGAGGGUGGGGAGCUCUUCGAUCGGAUCGUCGCGAGGGGGCAUUACAGCGAGCGGGCUGCGGCGGGAGUGGCGAGGACGAUUGCGGAGGUUGUGAGGAUGUGUCAUGAGAAUGGAGUGAUGCAUAGGGACUUGAAGCCCGAGAAUUUCUUGUUCGCGAAUAAAAAGGAGCAUUCACUGCUUAAGGCGAUCGAUUUUGGGUUGUCUGUGUUUUUUAAGCCUGGGGAGAAGUUUUCAGAGAUUGUGGGGAGUCCAUACUACAUGGCGCCAGAGGUUUUGAAGCGGAAUUAUGGACCUGAGGUUGAUAUAUGGAGUGCCGGUGUGAUUCUUUAUAUUCUGUUAUGUGGGGUUCCUCCAUUUUGGGCAGAAACUGAACAGGGUGUUGCUCUGGCGAUUUUGCGGGGGGUGAUUGAUUUUAAAAGGGAACCGUGGCCUCAGAUUUCUGAUAGUGCCAAGAGCCUUGUGCGGCAGAUGUUAGAGCCAGAUCCCAGAAAGCGUUUGAAUGCUCAGCAGGUUCUUGAACACCCGUGGAUACAAAAUGCAAAGAAGGCUCCAAAUGUCCCGUUAGGAGAUAUAGUGAGGACAAGGCUCAAACAGUUCUCUAUGAUGAACAGAUUCAAAAAGAAGGCCUUGAGAGUGAUUGCAGAACACUUAUCUGUUCAAGAGGUAGAAGUAAUAAGAGAGAUGUUUGCAGUGAUGGACACCGACAAUGACGGGAAAGUGACAUACGAGGAACUGAAGACUGGGCUUCGGAAGGUUGGUUCACAAUUGGCUGAACCAGAGAUCAAGUUGCUGAUGGAUGUGGCCGAUGUGGAUGGGAAUGGUGUUCUCGAUUAUGGAGAAUUUGUAGCAGUAACAAUCCACCUACAGAAGAUGGAGAAUGAUGAACAUUUUCGCAGAGCAUUUAUGUUUUUUGACAAGGACGGAAGUGGAUAUAUUGAGCUUGAUGAGCUAAGAGAAGCCCUAGCCGAUGAGUCGGGUGAUAUUGAUGCUGGUGUACUCAAUGAGAUCAUCAGAGAGGUGGACACAGACAAGGAUGGGCAAAUCAGUUAUGAGGAGUUUGUUGCGAUGAUGAAAACUGGAACUGAUUGGAGAAAGGCAUCUCGGCAGUAUUCAAGAGAGAGGUUCAAGAGUUUAAGCCUUAACUUGAUGAAGGAUGGUUCUCUGCAUCUUCAGGAUGGGAUUACUGGUCAAACUUUUGUCGUCUGAGGGUUCAUAACCAGUGCUACAUCGAGACCUGAAAAGUUUGGAUUUGGGGUUUUCGGGAAAUUGGAGUUUAAAAUGAGCUUUGGAGUCUAGAAUAUUAUUGGGUUUCAUUGGUGGGAUUCAUAGUAUUUUGGCAUUAUGAAGGGUUGAUUGGAGGUCUUGGUUAGAGUUUGGUUGUAAGCGAUUGUGGAGGUAUAUGUUACAGGCGCUAAAUCUAUGUCGCAUUUACUUGUAUAUUAGGUGAUGCUAUUUGUGUUUGAUGAUUAGCAUAGUAUUUGUUAUUUGUGUUUUGAUGAUUAGCCUCUAGUAUCUGUGAUAUCUAACUUUGUAAACACCAGAUAAGAGUUGUUUAUGGCAAUGUGAAUUCACUGAAAGUUUCAAUUCUUCUA